CGCAUUUAUACACAUGUGCAAACUUUGCUCGUGUACGACACUCCCCAAACCUGUGCGGCUCAACUUCACCGAUCUUUCCCAACUCAGUUUGAAGAGGCAAACCACUUUCAGCCGUGGAUUUCGCAAGGAUCCUUCUCGGUCUUAAAUUUUAUUUUCUCCUGAGCUGGAAUUCACUAUAGAAAAUGUCUGCUUCGGUGCUGUCUUCCAUAUAUGAUUUCGACAGGGAAAAAGUCCCAAAUUCAAAUGCAAUCCAUCUCCACAAUUUGCUGGAAAAGAGGAAUGUCGGGGUCCCAUUCGCCGCCUCCAACACCAUCAACAACAACAACAACAACAGAUCUUUUGGUUAUUUCAGGAGUAACUCGACAAACCACAUGGACAUCAACAUGAGCAACAGACUCCAGAUCGGGUUAGAGAGCUCGACGGCUGCAUUCAUGAAUAAAGAGAACAAGUACAGAGACCGUGCGUUCAGUGAGACGGGGGAACGUAGCCAACAACUUCAGGAACUUCUACAACAAAAGCCCGGCUCUCAGAUCAACUCGACCCGCUACAAAACCGAACUCUGCAGACCUUUCGAGGAAAACGGCUCGUGCAAGUAUGGAGAAAAGUGUCAGUUCGCUCACGGCUAUUACGAACUGAGAAAUCUGUCCCGCCACCCAAAGUACAAGACCGAGCCGUGCCGCACAUUCCACACUAUCGGUUUCUGCCCGUAUGGCCCUCGAUGCCACUUCAUUCAUAACGCGGACGAGCGCAGAGCCGCCACGAGUAACGUUCAGCCGAGACUUAACCGGGAGAUGGGUGUUUUGGGACAGGAGUCAACAAAUCCGUUCCUAACACGAAGGGAAAGACCGAAGCUGCAUCACAGCUUGAGCUUUUCGGGAUUCUCCAGCUCCCGCGGCAACGAGUCUGCGUUGACUGAUAGCCCGACAUCACGCACGCCCCCGCCAUCCACCUGCGCGCUCAGCUUCUACGAGGACGCGCUCACUCCCACUUCCCCCUGUCUGAACGCGUUCACUUUCCCCGAUCAGGAUCUUAAGGCUUUUCUUGCGCCUAUAAUCCAUCAGACCAACGGUGCCAUGUUCAGUAACAUCCAUGCCAACGCUUGCCCCCCAUCACCUCCUUUUAAAAUGAGCCACUUGCCCUCCAUGCAUCCACUCUCUGAGUCUCCAGUGUUUGAUUCUCCUCCAAGCCCACCAGAUUCCCUCUCAGAUCCAGAUGGGUACCUGAGUGGCUCUUGCUGUUCCUCUGGCACAAUCAGUGGCUCUGAGUCACCCAGUAUGGAUGCCAAUAGACGUUUGCCAAUCUUCAGCAGGCUGUCGAUUUCAGACGAUUAACUUGCUAUUAUUAUUAUAGCCUUUUAUCCAAUCUAUCCAAGUAGAGCCAACAUGAGUUUCAGGUCAAAUAUCAAAUGAGUUUCAGCUGUUUGUUUGUGCUAAGUGUUUGUCUCAUGAUUUAGAUCUUUUUCUUACAAUAACAUGCCAAGAUGAUGGCUUUUGUUUAAACCGUUAAAGGAGUAGACCAGGUUCAAUAUAUUUUAUGAUCAAUCCACAGCAUUAGUGGCAUGAUGUUGAUUACCACAAAAAUCAUUUCGACUUGUACAUCCUUUAAAAAAAACAACAAAUAAAUAUUUACUGUUUCAAAAAGUAUAGUCACAAGAUGUAAACCAUAUGCAUGUUAACAUGAUUUUAGUGUGAUAAAAUCGCUUUCUAACCUUUUACUGAGUAUCCAAUUUGACAACAUUGUUGCCACGCCGACGUUGUGCUGUAAACCUUGUAAACCUGCAAAAUGACAAUUUAAACAACUUUACAGCUCAAAUAAUGUACACUUUUUAACAGGAAAAUGAAUGUUAGCACUUUUAUAAAAUUAAAAGCUUCACAUUUCUGCCAUUUAUACUCCAAAAUUUGCCCCAUUCAUUUCCAUUGUAAGUGCCUCACAGUAACCUCAAUUUUUGCUUUUUUGAUAGAAAAGGAGGAAUGAGAAAUUUUUGUGGCAAUAAACAUUAUGCCACAAGUGAGCUUAACUUGUAUUGAACCUGGAAUAUUCCUUUAAAUUAACUGUCUUGGGAAAACAUUCCAUAAGUUUAAAUGUUUGGCAGUGCUGCACUGUGGUGUGCGAAAGCACAAGCAAUGACUGUGGAGGGACCCAUAGGUUGGUCAUGGAAUGUCACUGCAGAUGAUAUUUUAAAAAAAAUCUGUGGCAUCACUUCAUUUUGCAUCAUGCUAUGAAAUCUAUUUAACUUAUUUAUUUUUAUGUGAAAGUAUAGCCUUCAAAGAUAAAUUGAGUCCAUUUGGUAUUUAUAAAAUCUAAAGCAAUACAUUUAUAUUCCUGUUUAAAUUGUGAUCUCUGAUAUUAAUCUGGAAGCAGUUAGGUUUGUCUCACAAUAAUAUAUUUUUGUUAACUCAUUUAUAUUACUGUAAAUAGGAAAAUAAUUUAAGAAAUUGUAUGCUAUUUAUUUCCAUUUUGUUUACUGUGUGUGUGUGUAUUAAAGAGUGGGAGCGUCUGAUGAAAUCACGCUUUUUAUUUUUUGUUUGGUAUGGGGUGUCAGAGGAUCUAUGGGCAUUUGUAGAAUGUAGCCUGUCUUAUAUGGUCUUUUUUGGCUAUAAAGAACUGACUUCGCACCUAUUAGUAUGAGUAUUAUUGUUUUUUUAUGAUAGCAACGAUAAGGACAACCAGAGAAAAAAGUAUUUGCACAGAGUUGAGUGAUGAUUGCAGUCUAGUGCCAGAGAAUGUAGCACUCUCUCCUAUCUUGAGCGUAAUAAUCGUGCCUGCUGGGGUUAAUGAUCCCACAAAGUCUAACCUAACAAAGCAAGCUGCUUUAGUAAGCCAAUCAAAUUGAAUGUAGCUUAUACUUAGUUCAACGUGCCUUUUUUUUUAAAUGGUGACUUAGAUGGUCUUUCAUUCUGUUUAUUUGUCUAUUUUAGAUACUAUCAUCAUACCAUUCCUAAUGAAAGAUAUUCUAUCAACUGUACUUGCCUCUCUAAACAUUCUGGCUGGGAACAUUAAGUUUUGUAGUUGGAUCUUAGCUAUUUACCUUUUUAGAUGAGUAUAACACAACUUUGAAUGUAGCAAGUAAAAAGUCAGCUGGAGCUUUUGAGGGUGUGUGUAGAAUAAAUGUGUACUGUGUGUUUUAAAUCGUUCCCCUAGAACUUCUAAUAAAUGCAUUUUUCAAACAAUAUCUGGAUGUUUU